AUGCCUCAUAGGUUUUUGAGGGAUAGCUUUGCUGGUAGAUUAAUAUAUCAUAUUUCAAGACAUAAAUAUUUUAAACACCCAGAAGAGGAAGAUGAUUAUGUUAUACCUGAAAAAUAUUAUAAAGAUUACAAACCAAAAAAAGAGGAUUAUAAUGAAGUGAAUGAUAAUAAUCCUUAUGGAUCUGAAACUAAUGAAUCUGAUGAUUCUGAUAGGACUUUAAAACAAGAACAAAAUGGUAAGAAUGAAAAAGGUUAUAGUGAAGAAGAUAAAAAUCUAAUUAUAGUUGAUUGGGAAAGUCCAGAUGAUCCAGAUAAUCCUAAAAAUUGGCCAACUAUUGAAAGAUGUUUUUUUAUAUUUGAAAUUGCAUUUUUAACGACAUCAGUUUAUAUGGCAUCAGCAAUAUAUACACCAGGUAUUCAACAAAUUGAAAUGGAAUUCAAAAUUACUCAACCAGUUGCAAGUUUGGGAGUUUUCGCAUUUGUUUUAGGUUAUGGUAUUGGACCAAUUUUUUUUUCACCAUUAUCUGAAAAUGCAACAUUUGGUAGAUCCUCAAUUUAUAUAAUAACAUUAUUUAUAUUUUUUAUAUUACAAAUUCCAACUGCUUUAGUUAAAAAUAUUGCUGGAUUUGUUAUAUUACGAUUCUUGGGUGGAUUUUUUGCAAGCCCUUGCCUCGCCACUGGAGCUGCUAGUGUUCUGGAUGUGACAAAAGGUCAGUACCUCCCUGCUGCUUUAGCUACAUGGAGUAUUGGUGCAGUUGCUGGUCCUUCAAUGGGUCCCUUUUUUGGAGCUAUAUUAUCAGUUAAAGGUGGUUGGAGAUGGUGUUUUUGGUUCAUGUUAAUACUUUCUGGAUUUUCAUUAAUUGUGUUCUUCUUUUUCUUGCCUGAAACUUAUGCCCCAACUUUAUUAGCAAGAAAAGCUAAAAGAUUAAGAGCUAAAACUGGUAAUGAAAAAAUCACAAGUAGAGGACUUUUAGAUAAUGAAAGAACUAGUAAAAAACAAUUAGCAAUAGAAACUUUUUGGAGACCUAUUGAAAUAACUAUAUUAGAACCAGUUGUUUUAUUAAUUGAUGUUUAUAUUGCAAUGGUUUAUAGUGUGCUUUAUUUAUUUUUUGAAGUAUUUCCCAUAUAUUUUGUUGAGACUAAACAUUUUACAAUUGUUGAAUUAGGUGUUGCAUUUUUAUCAUUACUUAUUGGUGUAUUAAUUGCUGCUUGUUUUUAUAUACCUGCUAUUUAUCAAAAAUUCACUGUUCCAAUUUUGAAAGGUAAACAAAUAUUUCCAGAAGUAUUUAUACCAAUUGCUAUAAUUGGUGGUACCUUAUUUGCAAGUGGAUUAUUCAUAUUUGGUUGGUCAGCAACAACAUAUACUCAUUGGAUAGGUCCAAUAAUUGGAGUAGCAGUUACAAGUUCAGGUACAUUUUUAAUUUUCCAAACAUUAUUUAAUUAUAUGGGAGCUUCUUUCAAAAACGAAUAUUUAGCUUCAGUAUUUGCAUCAAAUGAUUUAAUCAGAUCAACUAUAGGGUCAGUAUUCCCAAUAUUUGGAAGUUACGUUUUCACAAAUUUAAGUAUUAAGAAAUUCCCAGUUGCUUUAGGUUCAACUGUUUUAGCAUGUAUUGCUACUGCUAUGAUUGCAAUACCUAUAUUGUUUUAUAUGAAUGGUCCAAAAUUAAGAGCUAGGUCUAAAUAUGCAAAAUAA